CAGUGGCGCUGAGGCGAGGUCGCGGUGGAGCCGAGGCGCGGUGAGUUCCGGGCCAGGCUUCUGAGGACUGGGCUGGAAGGUGCGGCUCCUGGCUGAGACACGUCGUGCUUUCCGGGUUAGGGAAGCGGCGGUGCCAGAACCCCCUCCGCAGCGCGGGGCUGAGCUCGCCACGCAGGCGCCCGCGCCCCCGCCGCCAUUGUUGCCCCGGGCCUCUCCGGCCGCUCCGGCUGCGCGUCCGCCGGGUCCCAGCGACAGGUCUUUGCUUCUGUUACCACCAUUUGAUAGCAGUCCCAAGCCCUGUCCCCAGCAGAUCGCAUUUUUAUCUCACAAGCCUGAGAAGGUAGGGGAGGAAGACCAAGGGUGUCUUAACCAUCCCUGCAAGUUCUGGGCUCAGAAUUUGUAACUAAGGCUGCUAACUCUACCUUGACCCUGUUCUGCCCUUGGCUGCAGCGGCCCUUGAUCUAAUGUCUCUGUGGCUCUAGCAUGAGACUUCAAGCCGUUGGCUCACUCCUGGAGAUAUAAAGGAUUUUGCCAGAUUGACUCUCCCGUCUGUAGCCAUGUUAGCUUCAUGCAAGAGGAUGACCAGUUCUUCACGCUCCCAAGUCCUUCUCAUGUGGAAGCCAGACAAGGCUCAGAGUGGACCCCACAGUGUUGAGAAGGAAGCUCUUGCUUCAAGAAUCUUGCGUGACACUGAGACCUGUCGACAGAAUUUUAGGAAUUUUCCAUAUCCAGACCUAGCGGGUCCUCGAAAGGCAUUGAAUCAACUCCGAGAGCUCUGCCUUAAAUGGCUGAGACCUGAGAUUCACUCAAAGGAACAAAUCCUGGAGCUGCUGGUGCUGGAGCAAUUCCUGACCAUCCUGCCUGGGGAGGUUAGGACUUGGGUGAAGUCCCAGUACCCAGAGAGCAGUGAGGAAGUGGUGACUCUGGUGGAGGAUUUGACUCAUAUUCUAGAAGAGGAGGAAGCUGCUCCUCAGAACUCUGCCCUUCCCCAAGAGAUCCCAGAGGAAGACCCCAAAGGAAGACCUGCUUUCCAGGCAGGGUGGUUAAAUGACUUGGUGACCAAAGAAUCAAUGACAUUCAAAGAUGUGGCUGUGGAUAUCACCCAGGAGGACUGGGAGAUAAUGCGUCCCGUACAGAAGGAAUUGUACAAGACAGUGACAUUACAAAACUACUGGAACAUGGUUUCUCUCGGACUUACAGUGUACCGACCAACUGUGAUUCCCAUACUGGAAGAACCGUGGAUGGUGAUAAAAGAAAUCUUAGAAGGCCCUAGUCCAGAAUGGAAAGCAGAAGCCCAGGAAUGUACUCCAGUUACAAAUAUUUCUAAACUCACAAAGACUGGAACUCAGACCGUCAAAUUGGAAGAACCAUAUGACUACGAUGAGAGAUUAGGGAGGCAAGCAUCAGAUACCUUCAGGAAGAUUCCCACUAAUGAAAGAAAUUUCGCUUUGAAAUCAGUCCUCUCGAGAGAAGAUGACUGUAUGGAAGAGUAUCUUAGUAAAUAUGAUAUAUAUAGAAAUAAUUUUGAAAAGCAUUCAAACCUAAUUAUUCAGUUUGGUACCCAAUCAGAUAAUAAAACUAUGUAUGAUGAAGGCAGGGCAACCUUCAGUCAUGUCUCAUAUGGUAUUGUACAUAGAAAGAUUUAUCCCGGAGAGAAGCCUUAUAAGUGUAACGUGUGUGGGAAAAAGUUUAGGAAGAACCCAUCCUUCGUGAAACACCAAAGUACCCAUGCCAAAGAAAAAUCUCAUGAAUGUGAAGAAUGUGGGAAAGAGUUCAGGCAUAUCUCAUCCCUUAUUGCACAUCAGAGAAUGCAUACUGGAGAAAAACCAUAUGAAUGCCACCAGUGUGGUAAAGCCUUCAGCCAGCGUGCACACCUUACUAUACAUCAGAGAAUUCAUACUGGAGAGAAACCCUAUAAGUGUGAUGACUGUGGAAAGGACUUCAGUCAGCGUGCACACCUUACUAUACAUCAGAGGACACAUACUGGAGAGAAACCAUAUAAAUGCUUGGAAUGUGGUAAAACCUUCAGCCACAGUUCAUCGCUGAUUAAUCAUCAGAGAGUUCAUACUGGUGAAAAACCUUAUAUAUGCAAUGAAUGUGGGAAGACUUUCAGUCAGAGUACGCACCUUCUUCAACAUCAAAAAAUACAUACUGGAAAGAAACCCUAUAAAUGCAAUGAGUGUUGGAAAGUGUUUAGUCAGAGUACUUACCUUAUUCGACAUCAGAGAAUUCAUUCUGGAGAGAAGUGUUAUAAAUGCAACGAGUGUGGAAAAGCCUUUGCUCAUUCCUCAACUCUUAUUCAGCAUCAGACUACUCACACUGGGGAGAAAUCCUAUAUAUGUAAAAUAUGUGGAAAAGCCUUCAGCCAGAGUGCAAACCUUACUCAACAUCAUAGAACACACACUGGGGAGAAACCAUACAAAUGCAGUGUGUGUGGGAAAGCCUUCAGCCAGAGCGUACACCUUACUCAGCAUCAAAGGAUUCAUAAUGGAGAGAAACCCUUCAAAUGCAAUAUAUGUGGGAAAGCGUAUAGACAGGGUGCCAAUCUUACUCAGCAUCAAAGGAUUCAUACCGGAGAGAAGCCGUAUAAAUGCAAUGAAUGUGGGAAAGCUUUUAUUUACUCCUCAUCACUUAAUCAACAUCAGAGAACUCAUACUGGAGAGAGACCCUAUAAAUGUAAUGAAUGUGAUAAAGAUUUUAGCCAGAGAACAUGCCUUAUUCAACACCAGAGAAUUCACACAGGAGAGAAGCCGUAUGCGUGCCGGAUAUGUGGUAAAACCUUCACCCAGAGUACAAACCUCAUUCAGCAUCAGCGUGUUCAUACAGGUGCCAGACAUCAUAAUUGAUAGAUACAGGAGACUUCAGUUUGGUUUUACAAUUCAUUCAAAUUUUAUUUUGUAUUUUGUUACAACAUUAUUCAAAACAAGCCCAAAGGAAGUGCAAUAUAUAUUAGAUAUCGUUCAGCAGAAGUAUUGGAAUUAGUAAUGUGGAUAUAAGCUAUUUAAAUUUAAUGUGACAUUUAAAAAGAAAACUUCAUUCACUUCUUAACCUUUAUUUGAUAUCAGUUCAAUUCAUUCCAGAAAGAAAUCCUGUAAAAGUAAGAGUACUCAAAGAUCUGUAACUCAUCAACUUCGUGUAUUUCAAGUACUUCUCGAUGAGACCUUAUGAAUGUAACUUGGGAAAGCUUCCAUCAAGUAGGGAUUUCACGCUAAUGAGUAAUCUUGGGAUAAUUGAAAAAGCUGCUUUCAGGCCUUUAUUUCUUCCCAGCUUUGAAGCCUUAAAUAUGUAAAGGGUUCCCUUCCCUUUUCCUGUUAUUGCCAUAACUGCCAUGUGGAGCCAGUAGGUUUGCAAAAUAUAGUGGAAAGUAUCUUAAUUUUUAUGUGACCACUGUUGAUUACAUUUUCCUUUAAAUAUUGAAAUACUCAAGGAAGAGAGCUUAAGGAAAGAUGAUCCGUUAGGAUAAACUAAUGUAUAUAGAACCCUUAGACAUUUGUACAAAUUUAGUUAAACAGGUAAAAAUUAAACACCCAACCUUAAAUUCAUCUUUAAAACAUACUAUCCUUAGUUUCAUUAGGUUUUGACUUCUGUCCUCCUGAAGGAAGAAAUAAGAAUAAAAUUCCCAUUUUUUCCCGACUCCUAAAUUCGUAACUUAAGGUUCUCCCGUGGCUGCUUUACCAUAGAAAGCCCAUUUCUGUUGAGACACGUUUCUUGAGUGCCUACUGUGUGCAGGGCCCAGACUUCUUAAUUGGAUCCUUUCAGGACUUCUUAUCGUGCUGAAAACCACAGCUAAUUUAAGCAACGGAAAGCUUUCUAAAGUAGUGAAAGAUGACAGAGGACAUGUCACGGAAUGAGCCUAAGAAGCCUACUAAACUGGGUUGCCAAAUGUGAGCCUGUACCCCAAGACGAAGAAGUGGUGAAAGCAGCUAUUCCUCACAAAGUGAGGAAAAGAUCAGUAAUGGAAAAUAGAUGUAAAGUUCACUACAGAAAGUGGGUCAGGGGAACAAUCAAGGGUGAAGACUUAGCAGUUAAGACAGAAUACACAGGUAACUUACAACCUGAACUGUUGUUAGACUUGCUUUACCGAAGAAGGUAAGAGUGAAUAAGACCAGAUUCAGCCUGUUGAUAAGAAGGAACUAAAAAUGAAGUGACUGAUUUUAAAGGAAUAAUUGGAAUUGGUACUUUCUCCUACAUACAAGUAAAAAUGGGAAUUGCUCUUAAAAUGUCAGAAAACAUUGGAAAAAGCGUUGAUGCAGUAAUCAUUUAAACAGUAACUAAGUUUGUGGGGUCCUAAACAUAAAAGGAAAACUGGCAGAAAUGCAAACAGAAAUAGGUAAAAAUACUAUUUUAUUUAAUAUCCACAGCAUUCCACUAUCAGAAUAUAAGACCAUAUUGUGAAAGCUGAGAUUUCAUCCUGCCCUUAAUUUGUUUCUUCAGUGCCUUGCGUAUGGAAAGUGGUCGGUAUAUGUUUGUUGAAUUAAUGAAUAAGUAGGUAAGUUAGAGUUGAGUAAUAAGGUGGAAUUAACAGAUACGGAGUGAAGUUGGUUGCAUUGAAAAUUCUUUUUUGUACAUGUGUGCAAAGAAACACUAAACAAAUAGUGAUUCUUUACUGGGUAAUAGGAACUACUUAAAUUGAAGAAUCAGAAUUCCACGUCUUAACAGUGGGGAAUAUUCCUAAGCAAAUUAUGGGACAUCUUUGCACAGGAAGUUUUCCUGAGCUGGAUGAAGAAAAACUGAUAGAAAUUCUGGUGCCGUAAAUACCAGUUUAAGCAUAUGUUGACCAUGCAGCUUCAUUUGGAUGUUACUGUUGAUAGGAACGCCCUACAAACAGGUGCCGAAGACCGGGCGUGCUGGCAUCUUCAAGGCUUUCUUGUUGAGUGUUUUCCUCAAGAAGUUAUUGCUUUCCCUUGUCCUCACAUCAGUUAACCCUGAUGUCAUGGAAUCCUUGACAAAGUGUAGGUUGUCUUCAGGUUGCGUAAUCAAGUUCAUGCCGUAGUUACCAUGUUAGAAAAUAACCGUUGUAUUUAAGAUGCAAUUUUUAUUUAUAAUGCCACUUCAUACCUUACACAACACUUUUUUUUCCCCUCCUGGCAUAAAUGUAUGGAGUGUUACAGUCCAUAGCGCCUUUCUUUGCUUUAAUUUGUAUUUCCUUCGUGAGUUUUAUGUAAAUAAUGCAUUUAUAAAGUCUUCCAUUGAUACACUGAGGCAAUUGAUGCCCUUAAAAAUAACAGAAUGGUAGAGAACCAUAAAUCUUUGUGUAUUUUUCCCACUUUUACAGUUGUCUGAUCCACAUGUAAUCCAAGUUUUUUUUUAAGUCUUAUUUUCCACAACUUUUUUAUUACAAAGGUGUUGAAAUACACAGAAAAUGUAAUAAAGCGAACUGUAUAUCUACCACCUAGCUUUAAAAAUUUAACAUCUUUUACUGAACAAUUGGAAAGUUAGAUGUGACAUUUCACCCCUAAAUAUUUCAGCAUGCAUCUUAUAAAAGUAAGGACAGAUUUUCACAUAACCACAUACCAUUACCUACCUCGAAAAAGGAAUAAUUUUCAAAUAUCUAAUGCUUCAUCCAUGUUUAAAUUUUCCCUAUUGAUGUUAUCAAGUUUCACACAUGAUGUUUACUUGUUAAUCUGUUUCAUCUAUCGAGAUGUCUCCCACUUCUGAUUUUCUCCAGGACCUUUUUUUUUUCUUUUUUUUUUAAUAUAGCAGGUCAGUUGUACAAUGUCUCACAUUGAGGAUUUAACUGAUUGUAUAUGGUUUAUCUUGUUCCUGUCUCCCCUGCAUUUUCUGUAAACUAGCAUUUAGGGCCAAAGCAUUGAUUGGCUUCCAGUUCGACGUGUAACAUUAACACUUCACAGAUGUAUUCCGUGUUGCAUCACAUCCAAAGUCUUACUAAAAUUUUGUUGACUAUCAGUGAUGUGAAACCUGACCACUUGGUGGACAUGGUAACCACCAUACCCUCCCAGUGUGAAGACAGGGUUUUCCUGUUGCGGUUCAUCUGUGGACUGACACUUCGGCAGCGUAUGGAUAUUCUGUUUGCCAGCAGCCCAGCAGCCGGUGGUUUAAUAUCCAGUGAUGAUGAUAACUCCCUGAAUCAGCUGUUUCACUAAGAUUUGCAGAAUGGCAAUUUGUACGUUUACUGACGCAUACUUCUGUAAGGCAGAGCUUUCUGUCAUCCACUGGGAACGCACGAGACGCAAGGUCAUACUUAAAUUCUUCUCCUUAAGAGUUUUCAGAGUAAGGGCUUGGCAGUGAUGACAAGCGAUUCCAUGUAUUGAAAAUCAAUUAUGGCCAUUGUUUCUGUUGCUCAAAUUGUCCCAAGUUUGAGUUGGAACCCUUCUAGUAUCGCUCAUGUCUUUUGACCAUUCCUUCUUCUCUAGUGUUUCGGGACUUCAUUUCCUUCUGACAUCUCAGGUUCAAUGCCCCAGAUACGGAAUGAGCCAUUUCUCCAGGAAUCUUGGGCUAAAUAGGCGACUCUUUGGAAACAGAUCUGGGCACAAGGCAUGCUCGUUGCUGCGGGGGUGGCAGUAGCGAGUAGCCUUUGGGUCUUUCCAACCGCUCAUAAAGGCACCUUUGCACUCAUUUCAUCAGUUACACAAUUCUGCAGGAGACAUGAUUACAUACUGGGACAAACUGGGGGGCAAACAACUAAGCCUUAUUAAGCAUACGACUAAAUUGGAGAGGACGGAAAUGUUCGGUGUACUAGAAAGCAAGUGAACCACGCGAGGUCUUGUGCCAAGGCCAGCAGAUUUUAAGGGAGCUUGUCAGGUAAUCUGGCAGGCGGGUUAAUUAGCAGUUAAGAUGGCAGCUUAACAUAGGGUACCUAGUGUGUUUUAACUAUCACAAGUCGAUAAUUUACAUAUUUAUAAGCUAAUCCCUUGUUCCCCCUCACAUUGUUUAAAGCAGGUUUUUGAUAAGAUCUAAAUUUGAAUCCUGAGGAUCUGUCUCAUGCAAAUCUAAGUGCUAAUUUUUCUUGCUAAGUUUUUUAAUUUGGCCUUCAGAACUUGAAGAGUGUUAGGUUUCAUUCUUCAACUUUAUCUUCCAGCGUCAGUUCACUUGCAUGUGCUUGUAAAUGUACUUCGUCCUCUCUGUUACUCUCUUCAUGGCUGUUUUUCACUGCAAUUAUUAGGCCCUUAGAACACUAUAGCCAUUAAAAAUGGCAAGCAUGUGCACUCUAGUGAUAUGUGUAAAUACGUGUGUGAGCUUGCAAGCAACCCUGAGUCCUCCGUACGGAUGCGGAAAGAGCUGCCCACGACGCCCAAGUGUCUUGCCUGAGGUCCCGUAGUCCUACAGCGACAGGAGGAGGGUUGGAACCCAUGGCUCCAGGACUUAGUGGGAUUCUUCCUGUAGGAUUAAUGCUAAUGGAAAUCAGAGCACAAACAGUA